AUGCCACGCCCUCUCACUCUCACUCUCACUCGCACUCUCAGUGAAAAAGGCUUGAAGCUACCGGAGUACAUGCCCGUUGUACCCACGUCACCGAUUGCUACAAGUGGCCUGGCCCAACUCUACUCCUCCUCGCAUCCCGUCGACCGAGUUGAGUUUAUCUCGACUUUCGAGCCCGCGACCGCCAAAUUUCGCGGCGACCUACCAUCCAUUACCGACAUCGCACCCUCUCCCGCCCGUCACCGACAUCGCCAACUCUACAGCAGCGCCGUCGCUCCCCCUGCUGCCAUCAUUGCGGAGCCCUCGACCCCCUGCCGGCGGUAA